GAUGACUAAUGGUCAAGCCUCAGAUGGUUCAAGUAAUGACCCAUAAGUUAAUUUCGGAAUCGAAUCGUACGACGUCGUUCGCAACUUUUCGCUGAUAAAAGAGACAUCCACGAUUAGGAAGAAAAAAAAAAAAACAGGAGAUAAUUAGAGUGGUUUCCAUAUUUGUAAACGUGGGCAGUAGCCAUAGGGCUUCCAUUCAACCGGCAAAUCUCGUUACCCCAAAUCGAUCGAUUGGUGUAUAUGUAUAUACCGUGCAGAUACUGUGGGUGCAGCUUUAAGAUGUAACCGAUUUUUGUUGAUCCAAGUGUUUUUGGAAAACCUGGAAUAUUACGCUUCUUAACUCGUCAAUUUUGGACCGCCAUUAUGUGGAACUUUGCAUCCAAUUGUGUAGCUGGGAAUAUAGGGUUAAGGUAUGAGAGUCUGAAGCGUACUCAGCAUUCAGCAGAUUGCUCAGACGAUGAAACCUCUUCAAUAACCAGCAGGGAGGAGGGACUCGAGUGCCCAAUAUGCUGGGAAUCUUUUAACAUUGUUGAAAACAUACCUUAUGUUCUAUGGUGCGGUCAUACACUUUGUAAAAACUGCAUACUAGGACUACAAUGGGCCGUUGUGAAGUUUCCUACUUUGCCACUUCAGCUUCCACUGUUUAUAGCUUGUCCCUGGUGCAAUGUGUUAUCCCCACGUUUGGUUUAUAGAGGAAACCUUAAGUUUCCUCGUAAGAAUUUCUUUCUUCUAUGGAUGCUUGAGAGUAUGAAUGGCGACAGAACAAAGUCUCAUAAUUCAUCUUGUGGGGAUCAUCACCAGACUGCCUGGCCAUCAUCUACAAAAUUCUUUGGAAGUACAGCAAGCCAGUCUAAUCGACAGAGGGGACUGUACGUUCAUCAUCCAGAAUCAUCAGGCUCGAACCAUGAUCACGAUCACAUUAGUGGUUCUCUUGCUAUUGAAAGAAUUCAUUCUUCUCUGCGCAAGUCUCUCAUUUUCUUCGUUCAUUUGACAGCCAAGUUCCCUCUGGUGGUUGUAUUUCUCCUGAUCAUCAUGUAUGCUAUACCUGCCAGUGCAGCAAUCUUGGCCUUGUACAUGCUCAUCAGCAUUGUGUUUGCUCUCCCCUCUUUUCUAAUUCUGUACUUCGCAUAUCCCAGUUUGGAUUGGCUAGUUCGAGAAAUCAUCACCUGAAAUCCUGUUUUUGAUCUGCUGAUCAUGUGGUACCAAAUAAUCUGUGCUGCAAAGUGGUAAAUCAGUUGAGUGCGUGUUAAUUGAAAUGCAUAAUUUGACGACAUUUCUGGCAAUCAUUGCUCGUUGUAAAUUCCUUCAUGGUGUGAGGGAGAACAUGUUUCUAGUCAUUUUGGCCCAGAAUUAUCGCAUAACGUGUUAGGGCAUGCCAUUUGCCCAUUGUCAGAUUGUAAUUUGUUUUAUACAUUUAGCAACCAUUCUCCAACGUCAGAAUCAAAUUGGUUCUAGUCAUUGUUAAUACAAAUAGUUUUUGUUGUACUAUCAUCGGCAUUUGUGAACUACUGUCUAAAGACUUUGUGGCUGUUCUUUUGUGUGUAUACUCAAAUGGAUGCUGAGUUGUUGUCCUCA